AUGGAUCUAUCUUCCCCUCAGUUGCCCGGAGAGCUGGAUUAUGACGAGCCGGAGGCGUCAACAUCGUGGGCAGAGAACACCCCUGCUCAGCGAGCCGCUGUCGCUGUCUCUCUCCCCCUCCUCACAGUACUCACCAUCUCCUGCGGGUUGCUGGGAAAUGGCACUGCCCUGGGGCUCCUGGGCUUCCGAAUUAAGAGAGGCCCCUUCGCUGUCUACAUCCUCAACAAGAUCGCCGCAGAUCUCCUCUUCCUGUUCUUCCAUUUUGUGACGAUUAUGGGGAAAUUGCUUUUUCCACUUCGUCCAGACUCGGUAUUUUUGAUACUCACGGGAUUUUGUGACUCCGCGAGUGAGAACCUCCUGGGGGCCAUGAGCACGGAGCACUGUCUCUCGGUCCUCUGCCCUGUCUGCUACGGAUCUAAGCGGCCCAAGCACACCUCCGCCAUCCUGUGCUCUUUCGUAUGGUUUCUGACCAUCCUGUCGUGUGCAAGCGGAUACUUCAUUUGUCAGCAUCUCUCCUCUUCCGAGGCCUGUGAAGAGUUUAUGGAAGGUGGGCUCCUGUGGCUGCCCCUGCAUCUGGUCAGCCUGAUCCUGGUGCUGUGUGUCCUGUGCCGGAGAUGCCGCUGCCCCGAGGCCUCCACCCUCCGGGUCCUCCUGGUCCUCAUCACCCUCGAGCUCCUGCUGAACGGUUUGCCCUUUGUCCUUGGUAAAGGGAACGUUCUGAGUUUGAUGGAUGAAAUUGGCUUUACCUUAUUCUGUGGAGAAGCCACCACUGUGACUGUUAGAAUUGAAGAUGACACUGAUGUCCUCCUGUCCUGUCUGGAAAACAGCGUGGACCCUUUCACCUACUUCUUCGUGGCCUGCUGCAAACAAAGGAGAGAGGGGGAGUCCCUGAGGGUGCUUCUGCAGAGGACCCUGCUGGCUGAGGAAGGGCUGGAGGACGGAACAGAAAUAAUCUCUGGGUCCGGGGAGGAUGUCACCCUGUCUCUGAGGAUACCAGACAGGACUUCUGAGGAAGCCAUGAGAGGGGACGCUGCUCUGUGA